AUGAGCAUCGACAAGGAAAAUGACAAUGGCACCUACGCGGCGACCACAACUACAACACGGCGUGAAGAUGUUGAGCCGCAACAACGAAACGACCAAGUGGCGACCCCGGACAACAACGCUGCAGGGCCAAGAAUGUCCGCCUUCAAGUCCCUAGGUUGGUUCGACCGCUACCUAGCGGUAUGGUGCUUCCUCGCCAUGGUGCUCGGCGUGCUGCUCGGCAACUUUGUGCCCGAGACGGGGCCCGCCCUGCAGAGGGGCAAGUUCGUCGGGGUCUCGGUCGCCAUAGCUAUCGGGCUGCUGGUCAUGAUGUACCCGAUCCUCUGCAAGGUCCGGUAUGAGUCGCUCCACAAGCUGUUUGCGCACCGCGGGAUCUGGAAGCAGAUUGCAUUCAGCGUCGUGGUGAACUGGAUCAUCGCUCCACUCCUCAUGCUUGCUCUGGCUUGGGCCUUUCUCCCGGACAGAAGCGAGCUGCGCAGUGGGUUGAUCAUGGUUGGGCUUGGAAGGUGCAUCGCCAUGGUCCUGAUCUGGACAAAUCUGGCGGGUGGCGAUGAAGAAUACUGCGCCAUCCUAGUCGCCGUCAACUCGAUCCUGCAAAUGGUACUCUUUGCACCCCUGGCUGUCCUGUUCAUCGGCAUCAUCAGCCGCGAGACUCAAGGCCUCGACGCAAAGUACACAGUGGUGGCGACCAGUGUGGCCGUCUUCCUGGGCAUCCCGUUCGGCGCCGCCGUGAUCACCCGCUUCGCCAUCCGCGUCACCCUGGGACCCGAGUGGUUCGAAAAGGUGUUUCUGCGCUUCAUAUCGCCGUGGUCGCUGAUCGGCCUGCUGUAUACGAUCGUCGUCUUGUUCGCCUCGCAGGGUAGACAGGUCGUGCACCAGAUAGUUUCGGUUGUGCGCGUGGCCGCGCCCCUCACGGUGUACUUUUUCGUCAUAUUCUUCGCGACCCUGCUGGUCGCACGACGGUUCCGGUUCGGGUACGCCCUGGCCACCACGCAGAGUCUGACGGCUGCUAGCAACAAUUUUGAGCUCGCCAUCGCGGUCGCGGUCGCGACAUACGGGCCGGAGAGCGAUGAGGCGCUGGCUGCUACCGUUGGCCCGCUCAUUGAGGUGCCCGUGCUGUUGGCGUUGGUGUAUGCUGUGAGGCAUAUGGGCAAGCGAUGGUCAUGGUAA